AGAGGCCAUAAGUGCUUCAGAAUGGUCCUAUGCCAAGCCACUGAUUCAUGUUCUCCCCUCUCCCUCAUUUUGCUUCUUUCUCUUUGUCCCUCCCCUGGUUGUUCAAAGCUGGCACUUUGAUCUCUUGAAGUUUUGCAUCUUCAGGAGGGGCCCAGGAACACCAACUCCUAGCAUUUGAAUCCUGAGGCUGAGACUUCCAUUCAUCACAGAGCGAAUAUCGUUUUCGCUCGGUCGAUUCGGUUUGAUUCCUCCGAAAUUUUUGCUUACCAUGAAGAUGGUUCGAGAUGUGGUGCUCGUUUCGAUCGUCCUGGGUUUGUUCCUCCAAAAUGCCAGCAAUGUGGAAGGAAGAUAUCACUACCACAAGGGCCAGAAGAAGAAUCCUGACGAGGGCUCAAGCUCAACAACCUCUCCAGCGCCUCCCCCUGAGGCCCAGGACCCUGCCCCUUCAUCCCCUGCCUACUCGCCGGCGCCCACCGUGCCGUCUGACCCGGCCCCUGACCCGUCCAACUCCAGCUCGGGCUGCGUCUACGACGUGACCGCCUUAGGAGCGGUCGGGGACGGGUCAGCCGACGACACCCCUGCCUUCACGGCGGCCUGGAAGGCGGCGUGCGCGGUGGAGUCGGGUGUCGUCCUCGCUCCCUCGGGUUACAAUUUCACGAUCACUUCCACGAUCUUCUCGGGCCCGUGCAAGCCGGGGCUCGUGUUCCAAGUAGAUGGGGUCUUGAUGCCGCCAAAUGGACCGGAUUGUUGGCCGAAAGCAGAUAGCAGGAAGCAAUGGCUCAUCUUCUAUCGGCUCGACGGCAUGACUCUGACCGGGAAGGGAACCAUCGAAGGCAAUGGCGAGCCGUGGUGGGAUCUUCCUUGCAAGCCCCACAGGGGUCCGAAUGGGAAAACGGUGUCGGGACCUUGCGACAGCCCUGCUUUGAUACGGUUCUUCAUGAGCUCCAAUUUGGCCGUGAACAUGUUACGAAUCCAGAACAGCCCUCAAUUCCACAUGAAGUUCGACGGCUGCGAGGGAGUGCUGAUCGAAAAGCUGUCCAUAUCUUCCCCAAAACUCAGCCCCAACACCGACGGCAUCCACAUUGAGAACACUAAAUCCGUGGGGAUAUACAACAGCAUGAUCUCAAAUGGCGAUGAUUGCAUCUCCAUCGGACCCGGAUGUUCGGAUGUCAACAUCGAGGGCGUUACUUGCGGGCCGAGUCACGGGAUCAGCAUCGGGAGCUUGGGAGUGCACAACUCGCAGGCAUGCGUCUCGAACAUAACCGUCCGGAACGUGGUGAUCAGGGAGUCCGACAACGGCCUCCGCAUCAAGACGUGGCAGGGAGGGAGCGGGUCGGUCGCUGGCAUCUCCUUCGAGAACAUCCAGAUGGAAAACGUGCACAACUGCAUCAUCGUGGACCAGUACUACUGCCUCUCCAAGGAGUGCCGGAACGAGACCUCGGCCGUGUACGUGACCGGCCUCUCCUACCGCAACAUCAAGGGCACAUACAACGUGAUCAGCCCGCCGAUCCACUUCGCGUGCAGCGACACGGUGCCCUGCACCAACAUCACGAUGUCGGAGGUCGAGCUGCUGCCUCACGAGGGCGAGCUGGUCGACGACCCGUUCUGCUGGAACGCCUACGGGGUCCAGGAGACCCUGACCAUCCCUCCCAUCGGUUGCUUGCAAGAUGGGAUGCCUCAGACUGUGGCAGAGAGCUCUGCUUAUGGCUGCUAAGGAAAGGACUAGUGAGAGACAUUACAGCACUAUGAAUUUCACCUUGUGACUUACGACAUUAGCCACAGUUGUAUAGUAGGCACAUCAUGAGCCAAUUGUCUGGAAUUGGGUCUUAAUUAGAUAUUACCUUUCCCCCAUUAGGCUCCAUCCCUACUAGGGUUUAUCCCCUUAUUGUGUGAUGAGGUAUGGUAGUAUUACUGGGUAUCUUUCCUUUUCAACUUUUAAUUGGGGGAUUUUUUUUUUUUCUUGUUUUCCCUCAUUGUAAUAGUUUGAAUUUUCGCUUUCUUAU